AUGCGGCGGGCCCUAUUUACGGAGGAAGAAGUCCGACUGGCAACGGAGCGGCGCCUGAAAUACCUAGGAACAGCCAAGGUUAAUAUCUAUCAAAUUCAAUUUGACCCCCCGUUGCCGCGAGAUCUGGAUCCCAAAAAUUUGGAUCGGCUCUGUGAAAUCUUCCGCAAAAACCGCUGUCGUCGCCUGGAUGUCGACAAUCACGUCCCCGCGAUCGUGUCAUGGCAGGAUCUCGCUGAUGCGCUGCGGAAGGCGAAAGUUCCGCAGCAAUCGCUGCUGACUAAUGAUCCUUACCAAUGUCCCCAGCUGGGGUUUGCGGCGGGGCAACUACGAGCCCUCCAUGGCCGUCACCGCGUGCAGGCGGGAGCCAAGGUACUUCCUCCGGCUGACCGCUGGUGGACAGUUGAUCUCUACGUGGACGACAUCGGUGAAGAACUGAGGACUUCCCUGAUAGAGGAAUAUGCUAAUCAAAAGAAGCCGACUGACGGGCAAAUAUAUCGCAAGAUCCGGCAGUAUGAGGGCGAGGACAACGAAAGCUUCCGGCAGCGGUGGUUUGUGCGGCUGUCACCCAGCAAUCAGGACCGCCUGGAUCAGUUAGACAAUAAAAGAAACCGUCGUCUCCGUAGAGCCUUCGAUCGGUUACUACCAAUCCCUGGGCUUUGGCCACAUGGAAUGAGAAUAAGCAUGCUUCAUCGGUUGAUCGCCACAAGUUGUGUCGAUGAGAUUCUGACCUAUCUUGAGCAUAUCGGAUACUUCUGGUCCUCCAUAGUUGAUUCAGAUCCUGUUUCGAUGAAGAAGAUUGAUUUGGAUACCGUCGACGCCCUGCAGUUGCUGGCACCGGGCAGAUCCCGUACCGACGCAAAAUUAGCCUGUGGGCUGGUCCUGAGUGGCCAGGCAUUUGCAGAAUUCAGCGAGGAAGAACGAAGAAUCAUAUGGAGCCGAAUGAAGGAUUUUGACGGGCUGAUUCCGUCCUUGUACACGUUUUUUGAAGAUUUCAAAUAUCUGGAAAGCUGCGCUCAUUGUGUGAAGCGACUUUUUGGCCCAUCGACUGAGUCUGUGUGGGAAACCAUGAGGUCAAUGUUUAUUCCGUCCUCGAAUUUGGAGGGAGGGGAGUGUGUAAUUCAGACCUCUGAGUCUACUUUCCGGCAUCAGUGGGCGACCGACGUGAAGCGCCUUGAAAUGGGAUACUUGCAGGUGUGGCUGUAUGCAAUGCGACAUUAUCCUCUGAUGCCUUCGGACCCAAAGAAGGUGGAUGACCUGUUGGCAAAGCCAAUUCGUGCGAAAGCCGAUGAGAGAGCGAUCUAUGAGAUGGCUGAACUCGCUCGCCGGGUCGGAUUCGAGUCCCCCGAAAUUGAUGCAUUGAUUAACGGUUCCCCAGACCAUCAGAUCGCACGGGCGGCUCUGCUGCAGGCUAGGAAACCUAGUCGGUUCCGCUAUGACGCCCAGCAGUUUGAAAUCCUUGUCAGCCGUAUUGUAGACUGUUUUGCUGUGGCGGUGCCCGACCAGCCCGACAUGACACAUGAUCUUCUCGCGGACAGCACCGUGAAACCUCGGGCUCGCUGCGGGAUGCCACAAACACGAACCCAUAAGCAAGAUAGUCCCUUGCUCUUUCUGGACCGUUUGCACGCCGACGACAUUGGGUUUACUGACACGAUCACUAGCUUUUAUGUCCGCCGCUGUGUCUAUUUUUCCUUCUUUGGAAGACCUGCAAUACCUGGACCCACUAGCAGUGACCGGGCCGGAGAGUCUUCCGGGGAUAUUCCAUGGUCGCCGUUGUUCGUUGGAGAAGAUGGUUCAUCUGGGGACCAUGGAUCCGCUCGGCCAGCAGCUCUACCCAGUGGGUCACCUCAUCAAGAACGAGAAGAGCCACAGGGGCGGGGCGCCCGACGGGGCGAGAAGCAACAUAUUCCGCGCCGCCAGCAGGUCCAGAGGGACAAACGAAAACGGGGUGUUGCUAAACAACGACGAAAGCGGAGGGCUCAGAUGCGCAAGCGUAAGUUGCAUCCAACGGGAGAAGGGGACCACGAGCCCGAAGACUACGACAUGGAGUUGGACGGUCCGAGCAUGGAGUCCUCGGAUGAGGAUAUGUACGACUAUUCGUCCCAGGAACUUUCUGAUGAAGGUCCACAAGACGAAUCAAUGCAGUCCGAUCCAGCAACCGCCCCCACACAUGGCCCUGCCGCCCCGGAAGAAACAGAUACCCAUAGCCAUUGCACGAGAAUUUCACUUGAAGCAACCCCGCUUGAGCAGGACUCAGACGACAGACCAACAGUAGAGGGUCCACCUCUGGACAAUGGCCUUGAAGAUCAGGCGCGUAUUGCUCAUCCGUCACAGCCACAGCCCACGGAAAUUGAGGACGACAAUUCUACGAGUGUUGGCGGCCCUGCUGGGCAAGAACAGGGCUUGAAAGAAUACGUUGACCAUAUCAUGAGGGCACGGGAAGAACAGGAUAAGUUAGAGGAGGAGUUAGAUCAUGAGCGACUCCAGGAAGAGCUUGGUAUCUCUUACCAGAAGCAACCAGUCCUGGAACCGUCACCUAGACCACGAGAAAGGCAGAAUUCACCACUGGCGCCCCCUGACGACCAAUCAGCGGACGUGACGCAUAAUAACAAGCUAGUAGCACCGGUUUCUGAAACGACUCAAGACCCAUCGCCAGCUUCUCACCGUGAAGGACAGCUGGGUCCUCCCGCAGAUGCCGGGACUUCAAUCCUGGUCGAGGCACCGCCACCACAACCACCAGCACUUGUGGAGAUUUCCUUCUGGGAGUUUAAAGGCGAAUGGAAGAAAUCUGACUGUGUACGAGCGGGUGCUUCCAGUCUACGGCCGUUGGAACUGAUGGCGACGAAGUAUUUACGGAAGAAUUAUUCGCUGUAUGAUCGGAAUCUACAUAGCCUCAGCCCCACCCAAUGUUAUCGCGCAGCCACUGCCGACGGCAGUAAUGUCAUAUUUAUGAUCUCUAAGGAUGAAGAGCAGAAGCUCGCGUCCCAAGGCCGAAUCACCAAAGACAAGCAGCUUCUAUCGUUGAUUUCUCGAGUGCUGCCCGAGCAAUAGUCUCAUGGCAGUCAAGAGAACAUGAGCACCCUUUCAGGUCCAAUCUAGAAAUAUGUGGCUCAACUUAUGCAGUUUUAACAGCCAUGAGCCAGGCCGCCCUAGAAGGAACCUCUCAUGGCAGUUGACACCAUGAGAACCAUCUCUUGUGUUGCUCUACGGGAUAUGCAGAAAUUUUUGUGUGAUAUGUUAUAGGUAGAUCAUCAUAGUAAUUCAUCUAACUUGAGAGUAUUGGAUCAAAAGGCCUCUCUUAUGAGGGAAACCCUCUUGUGAGAUUCUUCUUGUGAGGAAAUUAGCCAUGUGAGGGUCCAGUCAAGAGAGACAACCAUACGAGAGGAACUAAAACAUGUGAGGUGGUUCAUCGAGG